AUGGCUUCCAAACUCUUCCCCGCCGUCCCGCGGACUGGCCGCCAGCUUUUCCAGAACUUCCCUAAGACUCAAUUCAGACCUUUCUCGGCUGGUCCGCAACGCUGCAGCGACUCCCUUGCCGUGCACCGCAACAAGCCCGACAACAACCCGUCCGUCCCUUUCAAGUUCAACGACCAGAACCUCAAGCUCAUCGAUGAGAUCCUCAAGCGCUACCCCCCCCAGUACAAGAAGGGUGCUGUUAUGCCCAUUCUCGACCUGGGCCAGCGCCAGCACGGCUACACCAGCAUCAGCGUCAUGAACGAGGUCGCCCGCCUCCUCGAGAUGCCCCCCAUGCGUGUCUACGAAGUCGCAACUUUCUAUACCAUGUACAACCGGGAGCCCGUUGGCAAGUACUUCGUCCAGCUGUGCACGACGACACCCUGCCAGCUCGGUGGCUGCGGUAGCGACAAGAUCGUCAAGGCUAUCACGGAACAUCUGGGCAUCACCCCUGGACACACCACCGAAGACGGUCUUUUCACCUUCGUCGAGGUCGAGUGCUUGGGUGCCUGUGUCAACGCCCCUAUGGUCCAGAUCAACGACGACUACUACGAGGAUCUCACCCCCGAAUCCAUCAAGACUCUCCUCACCGCGCUUAAGGAGUCGGCCACCGCUGCUGAGGCCGGCCAGUCCGUCAAGGUGCCCGCCCCUGGCCCGUUGACCGGCAGACAGACCUGCGAGAACAGCGCCGGCCUGACGAACCUGGUGGACCCCGUCUGGGACCCGGAGACGAUGAUGAGAAAGGAUGGAGCCUUGGAUCAGCCCGCGCAAUAAAUGAAUGUCAGCCUAUAAUUUGAAUACAGUUUUCGAUGCCGUGCGUUGGAAGGUUCGAUAGUUUUCCCUCAUGUUUUCCCCUUUUCAUCGUUCUAUAUCUCAAUUUCUCUUUAUCUCGAAAAAACAUUCCUGGCCGGUAAAUUCCAGACACGGCAACUCGGAUGAUGCUCAUGUACAGUACGUUGUGCUUCCAUAUUCGCUUGCUUCCUGUUGCGCAAGGAGGAAAACCGAGUCAUGGUGGGAGUCAUUUGAUCUGCCAUAGAAGGUUGUGUUAGCAGUACCCAAUGGAGUCUUUUAGUUGUUCAAUCACCGGAAUUGCGUUGCCUCUAGGUUACCUACUCUGCAAAAUAAUCCUAAUCCAGAUUCUACG